AGAAAAUCACUGAGAGAUUGAAACUUGGAGAAAUCUGAAAUUGGGAAGGACGGUAAGGAAAAACCCUUUCGCCGGAGAGAAAUCAACCAUCUGAGGAACGGAAAAUUAAUCGAUGGGUCGAAUGGAUUUAGCAGCGGCGAAGAGGGCGUACCGGAAAGCGAAGGAAGUGGGUAACCGGAGCGAAGAAGCCAAGUGGGCGAACAAUGUCGGCGAUAUCCUUAAGAAUCUUGGAGAGUACGUUGAGGCUCGCAAGUGGUUUCGGAUCGAUUACGAUAUCUCCGUCAAGUACUUACCUGGGAAGGAUUUGUUACCUACUUGUCAGUCUCUUGGCGAGAUCUAUCUCCGCCUCCAGGAUUUCGAAGAAGCCUUGGUUUAUCAGAAGAAGCAUUUACAGCUUGCUGAAGAAGCUGAUGACACUGUGGAGAAGCAACGAGCUUGUACUCAACUUGGUCGUACCUACCAUGAAAUAUUCUUGAAGUCUGAGGAUGAUUGUGAUGCCAUUCAGAGUGCUAAAAAGUACUUUAAGAAAGCCAUGGAACUUGCACAGGUUCUCAAGGAGAAACCACCCCCUGGUCAAUGUAGCGGCUUUCUUGAGGAGUAUAUUAAUGCACAUAACAACAUCGGUAUGCUUGACCUUGAUCUUGAUAAUCCUGAUGCAGCCCGUGAUAUUCUUGAGAAAGGGCUAAAGAUUUGCCAUGACGAGGAGGUGAGAGAGUAUGAUGCUGCGCGUAGUAGGCUUCACCACAACCUUGGAAACGUUUUUAUGGAGCUGAGAAGUUGGGAUGAAGCAAAGAAACACAUCGAGAUGGAUAUCAAUAUCUGCCAUAAUAUAAAUCAUUCGCAAGGAGAAGCGAAGGGGUAUAUCAAUCUCGCUGAAUUACACUACAAGACCCAAAAGUACGACAAUGCACUUUUGUGUUAUGGUAAAGCUUCUACUCUAGCGAAAUCUAUGCAAGACGAGAGUGCAUUGGUUGAACAGAUAGAACAGAAUAUCAAGAUUGUUAAGAAAGCCUUCAAAGUUAUGGAAGAAUUGAGAGACGAAGAGCUUAGGCUUAAGAAGUUGUCUGCAGAAAUGACUGACGCGAAAGGCACUUCGGAGGAACGAAAGUCUAUGCUUCAAGUGCAUGCUUGUCUUGAACGUCUUAUUGAGAAGUCUAGCAUGGUAUUUGCAUGGAUAAAGCAUCUUGAAUUUUCAAAAAGGAAGAAGAAAAUAUCAGAAGAACUCUGUGACAAGGAAAAGCUGAGUGAUGCCUUCUUGGUUGUUGGAGAGUCUUACCAUAAGCUCCGAAAUUUCAAAAAAUCCCUGAAGUGGCUUACUAAAGGCUAUGAGGGAUUCGAAACAAUUGGUAACCUGGAGGGUCAAGCACUAGCGAAAAUCAAUAUAGGUAAUGGUUUGGACUGUAUUGGUGAAUGGACGGGAGCACUCCAAGCAUUUGAAGAGGCAUACAGAAUUGCUUCGAAAGCUAAUCUUCCUUCAAUUCAGCUUACAGCAUUGGAACAAAUGCAUUAUAGCCAUAUGAUGAGAUUUGGGAAUACUCACAAAGCCAGGGAUUUGAAGGACAAAAUACAAGAUCUGAAGGAGUCAGAGCAUGCUGAGAGAGCUGAAUGUGGUACACAAGAUGAAUGCUCUGAGACCGACUCAGAAGAACAUGGGAAUAUAUCAAAUGAUAGGCCAAAUGCAUGUGACUCACCACAACUCCAAACAUCAAAUCCACUUGGAAUAGAACCGUUAGCAGAUGAAGCAGAUGAUGACGUGCCACUAAUUUCAUUUCUCCAGCCUGGAAAACGCCUGUUCAAAAGGAAACAAGUUUCAGGAAAACAAGAUGUUGACACUGAUCAGACUAAGAAAGGUUGUUCUGCAGUAGCAGACUCUCAGCAGACAGUUGUUGGUCGGAAGCGUAUUCGUGUAAUCCUCUCUGAUGAUGAAAGUGAAACUGAAUAUGAGUUGGGAUGCCCUAAAGACAGUUUUCACAAAGUUCCAAGGCAGAGUGAGGAGGUUUCUGAGGAAACUAUGUACUUUGAUGGUGCUGUUUAUAUGGAUAAUCCUGCCAUCCAAGAUAAUGUAGAAGAAGGUUCUUGCUCGAAUACACCUCUCCAUCCCAUUAGGGUUGCUCCAAAUGUCAGCAAUUGUAAAUCUUUGAGAAAUAAUAUAGCUGUUGAAACAACUGGUUGUACUCAAAGAGGAUCUCAAUCUGAUGUUGGUGACUACAAUGGCUCUCAUUGCAAAACUGGAGCUGCUCUUGUGAACUUCCACGCUUACUCAAAGACUGAGAACCAAAAAAUAAAAGUUGAAUUUGAAAAUGAACACAUUGCUUUAGACUCCUGUUCUCGCAAUGAUGAGUCUGUGAAGGUGGAACUUACUUGCCUAUACUAUUUACAACUUCCUGACGAUGAGAAAUCUAAAGGUCUGUUGCCCAUCAUUCAUCAUUUGGAAUAUGGUGGAAGAGUUCUAAAACCAUUGGAUUUACAUGCGGUUCUCAGAGGUGCUUCUGAAAAUGUUGUCAUUGAAGCUUCCGUUAAUGGCUGGGUUCACAAGCGCCUUAUGAAACUAUACAUGGACUGUUGCCAGAAGUUCUCAGAGAAACCCAGUAUCAAAUUGCUUAAGAAAUUAUAUAUGUCGGAGGUAGAGGAUGAUAUCAAUGUGUCAGAAUGUGAACUGCAAGACAUAUCAGCUGCUCCAUUAUUGUGUGCUCUCCAUGUCCACAAUACAGUUGCUAUGUUGGAUCUCUCUCACAAUAUGCUAGGGAAUGGUACAAUGGAGAAACUGAAACAACUUUUUGCUUCAUCAAGCCAGAUGUAUGGUGCUUUAACUUUGGAUUUGCACUGCAAUCGAUUUGGUCCAACUGCUUUGUUUCAGAUCUGUGAAUGCCCUGUCCUGUUCAGUCGGCUUGAAGUCCUCAAUAUAUCCAGGAACCGACUUACAGAUGCUUGUGGAUCAUACCUCUCAACUAUUUUGAAAAAUUGCCGGGCACUUUACAGCUUGAAUGUGGAACAUUGUUCACUAACAUCAAGAACAAUCCAAAAAGUUGCUGAUGCUUUGGAUACAGAGUCAGGACUUUCACAACUCUGUAUAGGUUAUAAUAAUCCUGUUUCAGGGAGUGCUAUUCAAAACCUCUUGGCUAAAUUGGCUACUCUAAGCAGCUUUGCAGAACUGAGCAUGAAUGGCAUAAAGCUUAGUAGCCAAGUUGUUGAUAGCCUUUCCGCAUUUGUUAAGACUCCAUCUUUGUCAAAACUUUUGGUUGGCAGCAGUGGAAUAGGAACGGAAGGAGCUAUAAAAGUCACUAAAUCUUUAUGUUAUCAGAAGGAAGAAACUGUGAAACUCGACCUUUCAUGUUGUGGACUAGCGUCUCCUUUCUUUCUUAAGCUUACCCAGGAUAUUACUCUAACAUCUUGUAUUCUUGAACUCAAUGUUGGAGGCAAUUCAAUCACCGAAGAGGGAAUCAGUGCACUGGGGAUGCUUCUUAUGAAUCCUUGUUCAAAUAUAAAAGUUCUGAUUCUAAACAAGUGUCAUCUAAAGCUCUCAGGAAUUCUAUGCAUAAUCCAAUCACUUUCAGAUAAUAAGAAUCUGGAAGAGCUUAAUCUUUCCGAGAAUGCUAAGAUAGAUGAAACCGUGUUUGGCCAGCAUGUAAAGGCAAUGGGACAGCAAGAACAUGGAACAUGCGAAUCUGUCGAAUCAGUGGACAAAACUCAGAGAGUUGAGACCAAACACCAUUGCCAGAACCCGGGCAAGGAACAAAAGUUAUGUGAAACCGAUAUGGAGUGUGAUGAUCUUGAAGUUGCAGACAGCGAAGAUGAGCAAAUAGAGGAACAAACUGCAACCUCAAGAAGUCUUAGUUUACCACGCAAGAACCAUAUCAUGGAAGAGCUUUCUACCGCACUUGCAAUGGCAAACCAGUUGCAGAUUCUGGACCUAAGCAACAACGGGUUCUCAGUUGAAGCCUUGGAAACCUUAUACAUGUCAUGGUCAUCAUCAAGCUUGCGAAGUGGCAUCGCCCAAAAGCAUGUAAAAGAUGAGACUGUCCAUUUUUAUGUCGAAGGAAAGAUCUGUUGCGGAGUCAAAUCAUGCUGCAGAAAGGACUGAAGAACUUCCUUGUCUGAUUAGCCAAUAUAUGAUGAACCUUGUAAUUAAAUAUUUGAGUAUUUAGAGCGUUUCAGAAUCUUGUACAACAUAUUGAUAUUACGCAAAUUGGGUGAUAAAGCUAGGCUUGUGUGAUGUGUAAAGAUUGUUGAAGUUGAAGCGUUUCAUUUUUCUUAAUCAGCUCAUAUACUGACAAAAGUUGAAUUUAAUUAAUUAGUGACGUUUUG